UGAGAAGGGUUGAUGGCCUUGCGUCCAUUACGUAGUAGUUUCUGUACAGAUUUUCUGGUAUCCCGCUCCGUAAAGAGCCAGAAACGUUUAACCACCUGUGAUAGUCGAAGUAGUGCAAAUGCAACAGCAAACCCUCUUGCAACCGCAUCCCAUCGCAGAACCUAAAGGUACAAAUUUAGAAGCAAACAGCACAAGGAUGAAGCAACAGCAAUCUGCGACUGCCUCGGAGCAGCCUUCGAAAAUAUUCAUCAAUCCCAAAUUCGCGAAAGCUCACAUCAACCCGAAGUUUCUGGCAACGCAAGAGUCACUGAGACCGCCGGUGCCGGAAACGGUCGUGCCUGCCCAGGGAACCAUCCACCUAAAUCCAGCUUUCCUAGAAAGGUUACGAAUGCAACAGGUACCUGGAAGCAGUGCAACAGCAUCACCUGUAACGACGAUUGCGUCAGCCUUGGCCUCAAGCUCUUUCGCUCCACAAUGUAGCAUUUCCAAAGCACCGUCACUUGUUGCGAACAAAAUCACUUAUAGUGGCCCCGUAAAUCCUAUAAUUAAAAAUACCCGAAGAAAGCUGAUCCGUGCCAUACCCGUCACCAGUGCUUCGUUGAAAGCACCCUCGAGCGCUCCUACUCUGGCGCCGCUGGUUAAAAUAGGAAAAAACAAACUAAUCCGAAGCACCGUGCCACGAAACGUAGGAUUGGAAAGCGUUAAAGCAGCGAGUCUCAUUCCGCAGAGAAAGUACCUUAAAAUUGAUCGCAGGGUUCCGAAACGAUUAUCAUCCGGCAAGCCUUCGUUCGUGAAACGGUACGCCCUAUCGAGAGUCAAUAGUAUCACCGCGAAACGGGUGGUGAUCACCGAUCCGAAGCUGCUGAAACUCACAAGGAAAGGAGUCACAAAACCUGGAGCGACUACAAGAGGUCCCCUGCCGUACACCUCGUCAAAUAAGCGCCUUGUGCUGGUGAACAUCAACGGAGUAUUGUACCGUUCAACGCCCAACACGCUUCAGAAAUCUGUUCCGAGCAGCCUAUCUCAACGGACUCAAGGCCAGCACGUCGUACCAGAGUUAGCUCGGAAAGGUAAAGAACACUUCCUCGUCAUCCGUGGAACUCGGUUUGCGCUCGAUCGUACUGGUAUGCGGCUCCGAAUGGUCGGCUCGGCGGGCCCCGUUCCAGAGAAGCGUCCACCGGAAACGCGAAUGCAUCGCAUCGAUAUCGGCGGUCUAACGUACAAAGCGCGCCAGGACGGGACGUUCGUGCGGACGGAUGUCCACCGGACGCGAAACCAUCUGAGCGUGGCCAAACAGCGAAGCAUACAGGUGCUGGCGACUCGGUUGAAGAAGUGCAACGAACCGUGCCACAUCUACCGGCGGUUGGGCAAGUGUUUGGCCCACAGUCGGGGCAAGUGUCCAAAGUUGCACGAUCCGAAGCACAUCAGCAUCUGUCGGAAGUUCUUGCGUGGUGAGUGCACCGUCGAGGGGUGCUUAAUGUCGCACAACGUUUCGCUCGAAAAGAUGCCCGUCUGUCGUUACUUCCUCGAGGGACGGUGCGUGCGAGACGUGUGCCCGUAUCUACACAAGAAGGUCAGCGAGAAGGAGCGCAUUUGUCAUGCGUUUUUAAACGGAUUCUGUGCGCUGGCCGGGAAGUGCCCCAACCGUCACGUAUUCCAGUGUCCCGAGUACGAGCGGGACGGCAAGUGCGACCGAAUCAAGUGUCCCUAUCCGCACGGACGGAAGGAAAUCAAAAGUAAGCCAUCCAUCCAAUCGGCGCCAUCAGAGAAGUCCAGGAAGGGCACGGUUCCAUCGAAACAGCCAGAGACAAUCGGACCGCCACCGGUGCUGCCAUUGCGCUACUAUCGUGAAGAGGCUGCGGAUCGGGAAACAACCGCACAAACGGGUGAGUUAAGUGUAAGUGAGCGUAAUCAGUUGAAACGUAUGCUCGGUGAAGUGGAUCAAAUGAAGCUGAGGCACGCCGUCAGUGAUGGCACUCCGGACGACGGAAGCGUAAGUAUAGCAAGAGAAGCUGUCGAUAUUCCACCAGUUGGAGAACCAUCAGUCGCUGGUGGCAAUGGAGAGGAGGAAAGUGAAGAAGACAUCCGGCCGCUAGUGUUACGCCGCAAGAAGCUUGGAACGUUGCCGUCAUUUAUUCCUAUCUGAUCGUCAGCACCGAGCACGCGUGUUGUUGUGUUUUAUUGCAGUUGUAAGUAGUGAAUACGCGUGGACUGAAAAACGGUCCUGCAAACAUAGAGUAUACUAAAAUAAGGAUGUGUAUAGUGGUUUUAUUUUCAUAGUAUAUGAAUAAAUUAAAGAAAAA